CUUUUAGUAAUUAUAAAGUCAAUAUAACGAUAGCCAUGUACAUUUAAAACUUUUCAUAAAGUACAAAUCGUGUAUUCAGAAAUAAAUUCAUUUAUCCCGUUAUUCUUGCGCACCAAAAUAACGUACGGAUUUAGUUUUUAUUUGAUUUUUAUUGGAUAUUAUUAGGAUGACCGUCCCUUUAUCCCCAUGUUUGUGUCAGGAAGUAAACAUAAAGAUGUAUAGAUCAGACAGGAAUCCUCGAAGGGCGAAAUCGUCUGCAAGAAAGGACAUGACGCCGCAUAGUGGAAGAGUAAGAGUUGGUGGAAUCUUUCGAAUACAAGGUCAAGGUUAUCAAAAACAGGAAACAGAUUACCCAGCAGACGGUGCUGCAGCUGCUUCCGGUGUAUACAUGGCGUCAAACGCACUUCCGGCUGAUUCGGAGAUGGAAAGUGAUGGAGAUACUAAUCCUAUGUUAAUUGACGAACUUGUUGGAAUAAAUAAAACUCUUGAAAAGCAAAUAGAGACAUUGAGAUUACGUUUAGACUUUGAUUGUCGUCAUCACGAGGCACAGAAGAGCGCAAUUUUUGCCGAGACUGCAACGAAAUUAAAGUCUAAGUCAGAGGAAAUUAAUAUCCUUAAACAGCAAAUUAGUGCCAAAGAUGCUACUAUCAAAGACAUCUCUAGUGAAAAUGAAAAGAGGGACAAUGAAAUAAGUUAUCUCCGGCGUCAAAUCGAAGCUUUGAAUGAAGAAGUUGGCAGUGCUAAAACUUAUGCGAAUAGUCUGGUAUCUGACCUUACUUCCCUAACUAGAGAAAAGGAACGUCUUGAGAUGGAAGGAGUGUUUGGAGAUAAGGAUAAAGAAGUCGAUGCGCUUAGAAAAGAGGUCAGUGAACUAAAACUUAAUCUUACUACACUGGAAUCAGAACUUGCGAAAGCGCGAGAAGUGAUCACAAAUCAAAGUGGAAAAAUAAAAUUGAUGGAUUCUGAUAAAAAGUCGCUACAGCUGAAAUUCAAAGAGGAAUUGGCCAAGGUGUCACAUUCUAUGCGUUUAGAGGUUGAAAAGAUGCGUGACGUCAUGAAAAAACAAUGGGAAGAAAUGCGCGCGCUCAGAGAACAGAAUAUGUCAAUGAGCAGAGACAUAAAAGACAUUCGUAGUUUGUUGGUCAAUGGAUGCCUUGACGACGAUGCUAAAGUCCAACAGCAACAGGAUAGUCAAAGUCACGUGGUACAACAAGAACCGCAAGCUCCUCCCAUUACCGUGCCACAGACUGCACGCGGCGGAAAGACAGUGUACAACAGUUUUAAUAUGGGGGCACUUAAACCUUCACUUCCGAUUUUGAAUAAAGAUAAAAAGAACAAUCAACGCAGAAAAUGAAAAAAAAAUGUACGAAAGUGAUUCCUUUGCCAUAAAUUUGCUAUUAUGAUAGGCUUGUAUGGUUUGAAGAAGUAUGUUGUAGCACCUUUUGUUUGUUUAUUUUACCACUGUCACAUAAUAAGUCACCUAAUUUGUCAAGACAUAGUGAUAUUUCUUGCCAUUUUUAACGCUUGUGAAAAUAAAGGAGUUUUUACGAGUGAUAUUUUGUACUUGAGUAUUUGAACUUCCUUUUUGCUUGUUGAAUUUCAAUUGUAACACAGUAAUUCUAUUAAGUUUAGCGUGAAACAUUCCAUUAUAUACAUGUAUAUGUUAUGUAAUAAUAUGUCUUCCCAGAAAUGUUGCAUAAAAUAUGUUCAAACGAUAAUUUGUUAACUUA